UCCGUCGGUAACCAGCUGUUUUGUACCGUCGUUCCCUUUUUCCUUUGGCUGCCUAACCGGCCACCCGAAAGAUGUUGCGAAUUGGAAUAAAAUUUCCGUACAACGGUCUAAAUAGGGUACGUAAAGUCAAAAAGCAUGGAUCUUCUAGGCUGUAUUUGACAACUAGAUGUUACGAGACACGUACACGAGUUAAAUACGACCCGGAAUGUAGAUUUUCCAAGGAUGCGGAGCUUCUAUCCAGAAUAUCCGGACAUAGGUAUUCCACGGAUUCAACAAAGAGGUAUUCAAGCGAGAAAACUAGAGGCUCGAGAACACUGUUAACUCUAACUGCCGUGGCAAUAGGAGCAUCGGGUGUAUUGUUUUACGCAAAGCAUAACCCGGAAUUCCGUGCAAAUCUUGAAAGUUGGGCACCUGGUACGGACAAAACAAUUCAGAUCAUCUUUCAGGAGGAGUCAUCCUAUUUUGAAUUCAUACGUACAUUCUUUGAAUCGUUAAAGCAAACAUUAUUAAGUGCCAUUUUUGGAGGAGAAUCACAAAAAGAAUCAGGUCAGAAAAGAUUAGAUUGCGCGAACCUUGAAGAUUAUAUACCACCAAAGCCAGUUUUUGUACCGCUCAUUGAUAAGAAGGAACCACCUAAUAACGAACCUUAUACCGAAAUAAGAUUAAGUAAAGAAAAAGGAGAAGAAAUCGAAAUCGUGGCGGAAAAACCUCAGCCUCCUGCCAAGGAUGUAUCCGAGGAAUUGAUGCCAGUAAAUCUGGUCGAACUGGAAACUUCGGCUGGCGAAACUGCGUCCAAAGCUAUCGCAGCUUAUCAAACAGCAGCGUGUGCUAUUCAAGAUUACAAUCAAGAUGUGAUAAAAGUCGUAGAAAGUGUUAACGCCACCGUUGGUAGCUCUGUAUGGAACAGACUAAAGGAUGCAACGGAGAAGAGGAGGGAGGCCAUUAAAGAGGCGGAAGACCACGCCAAUCAAGCACUCGAUUCGUUGAAAAAGAUGUAUAAUUUAAUCGACGACCCUAAAUUCGAGGCGCCGUCACAUAUGAAAACUGCCGCUCGAAGGAAUAUCAAGAAAAUCUUGGAUGAUGUGGACGAAGCGAAGCGAAAAUACGAAAUGGAAAUACAAAGUGGCAAUAUGGCCGAGCGUUACUGGAAGCAAGUCAGAACUGCCCGUGAAAAUCUCAACGAAGAACUCCAGAUACUAUUCCCCGAUAUCAACAUUCAUGAGAAAAAAUUGGCCAUCGACGAAGACGCUUUUGACUUAUUUGUUCUACACAUGUAUAACAAAGUGAAUGGUCUGCAAAAGGAAUUGGAAAAAAUGAGGACGGUCAACGAGAGCAAACUCAAGGCAGCAUUAAGAUCAUCGGGCGACGUAGCGACUCAGGAAAGACUCGACGCCUUGGUAUGCCUCGAACUGGACAAGGAGAAGCAAAUUCUUCAGGACGAGUUUAACAAAAAGUUGCUGGAGGAGCAGAAAAGAUUCGAGGACGAGAUACGACGGCAGCUGAAACUGCAAGGGCAGGUGCACACCGAUCACAUUCAGGACGCACUUGCGAUAAAGGAACAGGAAGCGGAUAGGAAGCUGAAACGUGCACUCAGCGAGCAAACUGAGAAAGAUUCGUUAAAGUAUAAGUCGCAGCUUGCUGCAAUCGUCGGAAGGCUACGUGGUUUGGAAGCUGCGCUGAAAGCUCGCAUGGAGGAAGAAAGGGGUGCAUCGAAUGCUCAAAUUCUUUGGUCAGCUUGCCAAGCCUUGGCUCGAGCUGUUAAAUCAGCGCCAGCAGGUGCGCCCGUAGAGGAAGCCAUCAGGCCUCUGGAACCGGAAAUCAAGGCCGUCACCAAAGCAGCACCCAAAGAGGAUCCUUUGGUACAAGCAGCGAUUCAAGGCAUUCCAGAGGAGGCUGCGAAGAGGGGAGUGUUCCCGGAAGACGUACUUCGUGCAAGGUUCCUCAAGGUGGAAGAGAUGGCCAGACGAUUAGCCAUGGUACCCGAGGAAGGUGCUGCACUGCCUGUCUAUUUCCUUAGUUAUCUUCAAAGCUACUUGAUGAUUAAGAACGCCAAGCCCAUUCCCCAAAGUGAGAUCGAGGACAAGCCGAUCGAUGCGAGCAAUCUUAACACAUUCGACAUUCUUCAUCGGGCCAGAUAUUGGCUCGAUCGUGGGGACUUUAAGAUGACUCUCCGCUACAUGAACCUCUUGAAAGGGGCGUCGAGAUCCAUCGCCAGAGACUGGAUGAACGAAACUAGGAUCCUUCUGGAGACUCAGCAGGCGGUGGACACGCUAUUGGCGUAUGCUGGUGCUAUAGGUCUAGUAUUCCUCGGCGCUGGAGAUUCGAAGUGUUCCAGCAAGCCUCGCCUGGAAAAAGCCGUGGACGACCGACAAAGGAGGAGAAUGCUCGCGUGGAAACGUCGUCGAAGAAGAAGAAUUCUCGCGCGGAAACGUCGUCAAAGAAGGCUGAGGACACGUGGAUGGACGUACAACAGCGUUCAGACUGCUAUCGAUCGUAUUCUCGGAUGGAAACUGUGGAAAGAUGGGAAAAAGACAUCUGGGAUUUCUGGGAAUGCAAAACUAGCGAAAUUUCAGGUUUCUUUGCAGUUAGACUCAAGCUGGAACAACGAGGAGACAGGCAAAAGGAUCCUUCUGCUGCAGAGAGAUUCGUAGAAUACCACCUCUUACGAUUUAACGAAUUUUUAAAAUCUGUAUUUCCCGCAAGAACCUUUUUACCAAAUUUCUUGGAUAAAAAAUUACCAUUUACCAGCAUUGCGAUGUACGAAUAUUUAAUCAAUAGUAUCAUACGAUAUUUUCACGAAUGAGAAACGAAAAGCAUGAAAUUUUUGCCGAAUACAUUCUGUAUUUUCUUUGGCUAUAAAUUACUGUAUAACGAUUAAGAGAAAUAUUGUUAUUGUUGUUGUUGUCGUUGUUAUUAUCAUUAUCAUUACUAUCACUGUCGCUAUCAUUAUUAUUGUUUUGAUAUACAUAUAUAUUGUUCUGUUUAACAUUAAUAUACGAUUGAUAUCAAAGUGUUCAACAGAAAUAGGGAUAAGACAAUUAGAGUGUAGCAGAAGAUGCGAGUUUCCCAACAUUUCGAACGAACAAACGGAAGUGUCAAGUCGAAGAUACGUUGCUGUUUCCUGUGAAACGUUUCUUAAAAAAAAAAAAAAAAGGAAAAAAGAAAUAAAUAAAAAUAAAUAAAUGAAUAAAUAAAUGAAUAAAUAAAGCAUAAAAUGGAAGAAACAAGGAGAACUAUUAAAAAAUUUUAGGAAGGAGGUUAUCUGUCUUAACAUAGGGAAAUAUGAAAUCUGCACGGUGGAAAGUUAUCUGCAGGAUUAAAACGUUUUAUUUCGCGUUUCCGUUGGUUAAUCCCAGAUUUAUCACAUACCCACCAUCUGGGGCACCGCUCGUUUCAGACAAAGAACCAGAGAACUUUGAAAAAGUUGGCGAGCUCGUGCCGUUGCCACAAAAUCUGAUGAAAAUCUGCUCGUUUCAGACAACAUUGUAGGCGUUUCGCGACGAUCGAUGUGCGAAAAUCUUAAACAAGCGAAAGUAGACUUUUUAAGUUGGAAAAGGAAAAACGUUGGGUGGUGUGCAAAAUAUUCAGGUAUUCGAAAUUUAUUCAUCUUAUUAGCGUUUAAAUUGUAUAUGGUAAUUAAAUUGUUUAUAAAUA